CUGCCUGUUAUUCGGGCGGUACGAGGCCAGGGAAAGGCGAAGGUAAAUGUACAGGUACAGGUACAGCAGUCACCGUACGUACCCCUCGAUCCAUUCGUUCAUUUAUCGCGCGAUGAGCAUUGGAGGAGUUUCAAAGCCUUCCCGGAUCGUCUGGAUGCGCAUGUCUAGCAGUCGUGAUCUCACCUCUCUUCCAGGGGUAACUACAUACAACAGCCACUCAUCGCUUGAGCUAUGGGUAUCACUAGGUACCUGGGUACUCCGUACUCUCCCACGGUUGUACGACACACCCCCCGAUGCACGCAGGCGGUAUCAUUGGUUGAAUCCCGGGCCAACAGGAGAUGCAAUCCGCACUCCUGCGGCCUGCCAAAUGGUUUCCAAAGCAUCCCACGGAUUAGGGGGCAGAUUGGAUCACAAUGGGAGGAUGGGGUGCCGUGAAAGGCACGCAACGACCGAUGAUAAGGCCAGGGCAUUUACGGAGUACCUUAGGCAAGGAGUGUCCUCGUCUUCUGCAGCAACCCAUCGAACCGACUCCAAGAUGGAUACACAACGGCGUAACCUCUCCGGUCCGCGUCCGUAAUAAUCACGGCUAUCUUUCUCGCCCGUCCGAAGUAGUUAGUUGAUUAGUCUCUGACCAACUGACCAACUUAUCUUGACCUUCUCCCGAGUGGUGAAACC